UUGGGAGAGCGGUUGAGAAGCGAGUGAGGAGGGCGGGCGAGCCGCGGGAGGAGGGGCGCGCGGAGGUGCGCCGGGCCUGCUCCGCGCACUUGGCACCCGGCGGUGCGCACCACCAGCGCCCUGCCCUCGCCCGCCAGGCAGCCUCGGGCCGCGGCGCGGGAAGGGGCGGAACAUCGGCGAUCCCCACGUCGCCCUAGCAGGCUCGAGGGAUAAGUGCACGCCUGGGAGAGGCGCCCACUGAGCCUCCCCCGGCCUGGGCGCGCGGUGCGAGGUAGGCGAGCGGAGCGCGGUGGCAAGGACUGCGGACGGCGCCCACGGGGGCUGCCCGAGAUGGGCUGUGGCGAUGAGGGAGCAGGCCAGGCCCUGGUGCGUGAGGAUGAGAAGCCACACCCAGGAGGGCACCAAGUGAUGCUUACCCAGCCUCGCCUAGAAUGACUGCCCUGGGAGGGUGGUUCCCUGGGCCCUGGCAGGGCUGCUGAGCCUAACCCUGCAAAACUCCAAGAGCAGGACGCGAACUCUUCCUGUGGAUGCUCUCCUGCCCUGCAGCUCCACCAUGAGGCUCCUUGUGGCCCCACUCCUGCUAGCUUGGGUGGCUGGUGCCACUGCCGCUGUGCCCAUGGUGCCAUGGCGUGUGCCCUGCCCACAUCAGUGUGCCUGCCAGAUCCGGCCCUGGUAUACACCCCGCUCAUCCUACCGCGAGGCCACCACCGUGGACUGCAAUGACCUGUUCCUGACGGCGGUGCCCCCUGCGCUCCCUGCAGGGACACAGACCCUGCUGCUGCAGAGCAACAGCAUCGUCCGCGUGGACCAGAGUGAGCUUGCCUACCUGGCCAACCUCACAGAGCUGGACCUGUCCCAGAACAGCUUCUCAGACGCCCGGGACUGUGACUUCCGGGCCCUGCCGCAGCUGCUGAGCCUGCACCUGGAGGAGAACCAGCUGACCCGACUGGAGGACCACAGCUUCGCUGGGCUGGCUGGCCUGCAGGAGCUCUAUCUCAACCACAACCAGCUCUACCGCAUUGCUCCCCGGGCCUUCGCGGGCCUCAGCAACCUGCUGCGGCUGCACCUUAACUCCAACCUGCUGAGGGCCAUCGACAGCCGCUGGUUCGAGAUGCUGCCCAACUUGGAGAUCCUCAUGAUUGGCGGCAACAAGGUGGACGCCAUCCUGGACAUGAACUUCAGGCCCCUGGCCAACCUGCGCAGCCUGGUGCUGGCGGGUAUGAGCCUUCGGGAGAUCUCAGACUAUGCCUUGGAGGGGCUGCAAAGCCUGGAGAGCCUCUCCUUCUAUGACAACCAGCUAGCCCGGGUGCCCAGGCGGGCCCUGGAGCAGGUGCCGGGGCUCAAGUUUCUAGACCUAAACAAGAACCCACUGCAGCGGGUGGGACCAGGGGACUUUGCCAACAUGCUGCACCUCAAGGAGCUGGGGCUCAACAACAUGGAGGAGCUGGUCUCCAUUGACAAGUUCGCCCUGGUUAACCUCCCCGAGCUGACCAAGCUGGAUGUCACCAACAACCCGAGGCUGUCCUUCGUGCACCCCCGCGCCUUCCACCACCUGCCCCAGCUGGAGACCCUCAUGCUCAACAACAAUGCUCUCAGUGCCUUGCACCAGCAGACAGUGGAAUCCCUGCCCAACCUGCAGGAGGUGGGGCUCCACGGCAACCCCAUCCGCUGUGACUGCGUCAUCCGCUGGGCCAAUGCCACCGGCACCCGCCUCCGCUUCAUCGAGCCACAGUCCACCAUGUGCGCUGAGCCACCCGACCUCCAGCGCCACCUGGUCCGAGAGGUGUCCUUCCGGGAGAUGACGGACCGCUGCCUGCCCCUCAUCUCCCCCCGCAGCUUCCCCCCGAGCCUCCAGGUGGCCAGUGGAGGGACUGUGGCACUGCACUGCCGGGCGCUGGCUGAACCAGAGCCUGAGAUCUACUGGGUCACUCCAGCCGGGGUUCGACUGACGCCUGCCUACGUAGGCAGGAGAUACCGAGUGUAUCCCGAGGGGACCCUGGAGCUUCGAAGGGUGACUGUGGAAGAGGCAGGGCUGUACACCUGUGUGGCCCAGAACCUGGUGGGGGCUGACACCAAGACGGUCAGUGUGGUAGUUGGCAGGGCUCCCCUGCAGCCAGGCAGGGACAAGGGACGGGAACUAAAGCUCCGGGUACAGGAGACCCACCCCUAUCACAUCCUGCUGUCUUGGGUCCCGCCACCCAACACAUUCUCCACCAAACUUACCUGGUCCAGCACCUCUGCCCCCCGGGGCCAGGGGAACCCUGCUCUGGCUCGCCUGCCCCAGGGCACCCACAGCUACAACAUCACCCGCCUCCUGCCGGCCACAGAGUACUGGGCCUGCCUGCAAGUGGCCUUUGCCGAUGCCCACACUGAGUUGGCUUGUGUAUGGGCCAGGACUAAAGAGGCCACUCCUCGUCACAGAGCCCUAGGGGACCGGCCUGGGCUCAUAGCCAUCCUGGCUCUUGCUGUCCUCCUGCUGGCAGCUGGGCUUGCAGCCCACCUUGGCACAGGCCAGCCCGGGCAAGGGGUAGGUGGGCGGCCUCUCCUUCCAGCCUGGGCUUUCUGGGGCUGGGGCGCCCCCUCUGUCCGGGUGGUGUCUGUACCCCUUGUUCUGCCCUGGAAUCCAGGGAGGAAGCUGUCCAGAUCACCAGAAGGGGAGGCACUGUCACCACCAUUGUCUCGAAAUUCCUGAAGCUCAGCCAGUUCUCAGCAGUAGAGAAAUAACUAGGACUACUUUUUACCAAAAGGGAAGCAAUCUGGGCUUGAUGCCCUGCCAGGACAGUGG